GGGAGCGCUGAGUUUGCUAAGAGACAAUACAUGAAUGACGAUCGCACUCUACUGUAAAAAAGAGAGAAGAACUGGAGCGUCAGACAAAUGUCGUCAUCACUACGCACAGGCUUUGGCUUUUAUUCCAGCGGUAAAUAAAAGCUGGCGAUUGAAGGGAGGACAGGACAGACAUCACGCGGCAGCACGAGCAGGCAGGAGUCAGUUUACACCCUAUGGACAUGAAAUGAGAAAUGUGACAGUUUGUUUCAGUUGACCCGGGUGGAGAUAUAUAUAAAUAAUGGACGUAUGAAACCGUGCACUACGUCAACCCAACUGUGCUUUCGGUUUUAAUUAAAUGCAGAAGAAUUAUCCAUUAUAAUUUGUUUUGACGGGACACACUAGAGAUCUCGUCGAGGUUGCCCGACAUCUCUCACCCUCCUUCGCACAAAUGCUGCCGUGUUUGCGUAGUAUCCUGAGGUCGAGCGCGCUGCUGGGGCGCGUCCGCGGAAAGAGUCCGUGUGCUGCGCUGCUGCUGACGCGGGUGCACGCAUGUGGUUUGGGGACGCACACACACAAGGAGCCCAUGGAGCCCUUGAACUCGCCGCAGGGUGCGAGAGACUUCAUCUACGGCCUACAUCCCACUGAACGCACAUGCCUGCUGCGAGAACUGCACAAAUUUGAGUCUAUGGCCAUAGCUCAAGAGCAACUAGAGAUGGCACCCCCGACAACAGCACAGCUGAGAUAUGUGCUGUUCCAUAAUGCCAUUCCAUUUAUUGGGUUUGGGUUCCUGGAUAAUGCCAUCAUGAUAGUUGCGGGCACCCAGAUUGAAUUGUCUAUAGGAGUAAUACUGGGGAUCUCAACAAUGGCUGCUGCUGCUCUAGGAAACCUUGUAUCGGACUUGGCUGGACUCGGUCUUGCAGGUUAUGUGGAAGUUUUGGCCUGUAGGCUGGGGAUGCAGAUUCCUGAUCUAAGUCCUAAGCAAGUAGAUAUGUGGCAGACCAGAGUUAGUUCUCACAUUGGUAAAGCCAUCGGUGUGGGCAUUGGCUGCAUACUAGGCAUGUUCCCACUACUUUUCUACAAAAACGAUGAAGAGAAAGCGAAAAAAGAAGGAAAAGAAGGUCAACCAACUUCCAAGGACACCAAAAGUGCUUGAGCAGCCUGUGUAUAGGGCACCGCACGUAAAGACUGACUCGCCAGGAAAACAAAAUAAUUCCAGUCGGACUCCUCAUGCCAGCGGCUGCAGCACAUACUCUGAUUAAACUAAGGUGCAUGAGAUUUUAAUGAUUCUGUUAGUUGUGUUGAAACCACCCACAGCGGUGCAUAAAUGAAAUAUUUAUUUCAAACAGCUCUAAAGCAUAAUAUUUGCCUCGAACACUGUUGUAGGUGGUUCAUGUUUUUUUCAUUGUGAUGUAGUCACUCCUAGUAGAAGUGGGUUAUUAGGAGAUCAUAACUUAAACCACCCCCAUUCAUGCACCAGUGAUGCAAAAUUAUUUAAGCCACGGAGGCCUGAGUGCUGCUUUUUAAUAUUAAAUACUUACUGAAGACUGAUUAGAGUGCACAACAGUAUGUGCAGUGCUGUAUUUUGCUGACGCUUCUCCUGUGUAGUGUGAAGAUGAACUAAUGGAAAGAAUUUCAGAAUCUUCCAGUCCUAACCAGACAUGUGGAGUGAUAUUUGUGCCACGAGGAUCUGAAUUCGAAUCUUAGGACUUUGAUUUAAAUUCUUUGAUUGUUCGUAUACAUGAAAUUAAAUAUGCAGUUCUGAACUUGAAUUACAUAAAACUUGAAAUUCAAAUGUACGAAGUGAGGGUCAAACGAGAGUGGAUUUGGCUUAUAAUGAUAACUAUUGUGGAAAAACAUGAUGAAACAAUGAUUCAUCGGCUGAUAGUUUAAAUUAUUACUAUGAAAGUAAUGUAAAAUACUGCUGAACUUUAUGACAAAAUUAACAAUAAUGACUGAACAAUUUUAAUCAAAAAUAAUAAAUACAUAUAGUUUCAUACAAAAGGAACUAUAGAAAGAAAAACAGAUUCAAUAACACAGAUCUUAAAAAUUCUGAUUCACAUUUGUAAAACAAUCAUUUAGAUUGCAAAAUUUCAGAUAUUACAACACAUUAAAUGUGCUACACAUUAAAUGAUGUUUUUCCUUGUGAAUUUUAUUGUUUUUUUAUGUACAGUAAUUUCAAAAUUGGAUGAUUGCGACACGCUACAAAAACAUUGAGACGGGCGAUUUAAGACUAAUAACCAUUUGAAGAGUUGAAAUAACAAGGCAUUGUGAAACAGGAGAUGUUAAACAGGUGAGGCAAUCAUGUCAUAAUACUGAAUAAGGAGCCUCCAAUAACAGCCUAGUCCUUCAAGAGCAAGGAUAAUUCGAGACUUGUCAAUUUGCCAACAGAUGCUUAAAUAAUCCAGCAACCUGAGAACAAUGUUUUGGACAUUUCACCCUCUACUGUGCACAAUAUAGUUAAAAGAUUCAAGGAAUCUAGUCAAAGCUCGGUGUAAAGGCAAGACGAAAACCACUUCUGAAUGCAUGUGAUCUCUGAUCCCUCAGACAUCACUGUGUUAAAAAAACAUCCUAAAUCUGUAAUGAUUUCAUGAACAUGGGUUUGGGAUUACUUUAGUAAACCUUUGCUAGUCAACACCAUUCACUGCUGCAUCCACAGAUGCAAGUUUAGACUUUACUAUGCAAAGCAGAAGCCCUACAUCAACACGGUCCAGAAGUGCUGCUGACUUCUCUGGGCUCGGUCUCAUCUUAGAUGGACAGUGGAACUGUGUUUUUUGGUUCGACGAGUCCACAUUUCAAAUAGUUUUUGAAAAACAAAGCCAUCUUGUUAUCUGGGCCAAAGAUGAAAAGGACCAUCCAAGCUGUUAUUAGUGUCAGGUCCAAAAUCCAGUGUCUCUAUGGGCCAGGGGUGUUUCAGUGCACUCGCAAAUCGGGUCCCCCCCCAAAAGAGGGCACCAUUAAUUCAGACAGAUAUGUACAAAUUUUGGAGCAGCAUGUACUGCCAUGCAGCACCGUCUUAUCCAGGGACAUCCCUGAAUUUUCCAGCAGGACAACUUCAAACCACAUACUGGCCGAAUAAGCAGAGAGUGCGGGUGCUAAAUUGGCCUGCCUGCAGUCUUGACCAUCUCCAAUUGAGAAAGUGUGGUGCAUUAUGAAGUGCACAAUAUGGCAACAAAGACCACGUACAGUUGUACAGCUGAAGACCUGCAGAAUAGAUGAAUAGGGGACUAUUCCACUUUCUAAACUUAACAAACUUGUGUCUUCAGUGCCCAAAUAAUUAAUAAGUGUUAUUAGAAGAAAUGGUGAUGUUUCACUGUGGUAAACACUCAACUGUCCCAACUUUUUUGGAGUGUGUUGCAAUCAUCUGAUUUGAAAUUACUGUACAUAAAAAAAAAGGGUGAAUAUAAGGGUGAAUAUAAUUUACAUAUCAAAUGCCACGUUCAUUUGAAUUUUAAAUUUGAUGUAAUUGUAGUUCAAAACUGCACGUUCAAUUUCAGCAUUCAAGUAAACAUUUAAAUCCUAAAAGUAACAUUCAAUUCAUUCAACAGCGGCACAAAGUUUCCAGCAACAAAUAAUUUCUGUGAAGUAUGCUCACACUGAAUGCAAAUAUACUGUGACGAAACAGCCAAUGAAAACAUAGUUAAUGUUUAAUAUAAAGGAGCAGGAUUUUGGACCAAUGAGAUUUAACUGUGGGCGGGCCUUCCCAAUGCAUCAGCAAAGAAAUUAAGCAGCCAAAUAAAUGUCCUGUUGCUUAUCACUUUAUCGCAUCAUGUCUAGUUAGGAUAUGGCAGUCCUGGUGCUACGAUCUCCAAGGCCCUUGGAAACCAUCUGACCGGGGGUGUCGGGAGGUGGGGGUGAUGUUGGGUUUGUUUUCAUGUUUUGGUAGUCAACCUGAGCGUUUCACCCCUGCGGAGGCCCUAGGCAAUUGCCUACUUUGCAUAUAGCUAGCACCUGCCCUGGGACACGGAUUUACGGGACACUUAUAGGAAAGGCUACAAAAAUAAUUUCAUUGUAGUGCUUGCACCUAACACUGCACUGAAUUUAAUUUAAAUUCUGUUGUCAUUUGUUGAAGUAUGUUACAUAAAAUUGAAGUAGAAUUGAAGUAACCAUGUAAAACUUGCAAUAUAUUUGACUCUCAGAACAAAUGAAACAAUUGGACACGAGCGCUUGUCAACCCCUGAUUUAACCCUUAAUGCGUUUUGAUGUGUUUGUAUUUAUUUUCAUUACACUAAACAACUUUAACAACACUUUUGUCUAUGCAUUUCAAUGGAAACAAAAAAUAUACACAUGGAAGGAGACAUUUUAUACCUGCAUGCAUAUCCAAUUAUUUAUUUAUGUCUUUAAAAAAUUAAAAACAAUUUAACAAUUGUUCAAGUUUAUGGUUCAAAUUACUUGCAUGUUGUUAUGAGAACUUUAAGUUGCACUGAAAAUAUCAGCAUCAUCUCCAUAUAGAAUGCACAAGAAAACAGCAGAAAAAAGUGAUAUUUUCUUAAAAUUGAAAACCAUUCCUCAAUAAUUCAAGUGACUGAAGUGUUCACUUUGGUGUCUGCUUCCAUUUUCUCACUGCAUGUCUGCAAAUUACAAUAAUAUUUUUUCUGCUACCUAUGAACAAGCGACUUUUUAUAUAAAAAACAACCGCAAUCCACUGACAUUUACUGAACUAAAUGACAUUUAGUGAGUCAAGCAACUUCAGCACACGAUAAACUCACUGCAAUCAUACAUUUCUUGUAUUUUCAUUCAAUAUUAUCUCUGCUUAAAUCUGUAUUAGCUCUGCAUUGCUUAAUUUUUUUAUUCAAUGCUCAUGCUAAAUCAGGGCUGGUGUUUUCAGUAUCUGUAGAUAGUAUAUAAAAUUUUCUGUAUGUCAGUUUGCUUAGCAUAAAGCAACCUUAAAUAGAUGUCUUUGGGAGUAAUGUAGUCGUCUACUAUGUACUGUUGGUGUUACCAUGGCACAGUAGUUUUAAUACCUCAGUAAUUUAAUACAAUGGUACUGAGUGAUUAUGGUAUUAACAUGGGACUCAAUGUACAGCAUCUAAAAUAAGGUACCGGUACAUGCCCAAAGAACUGGCAUCGCCAAGGUAAUAGACAAUGAAAUUUUUUCAGGUGGGAAAGUGUUUCAAGAUGAAAAAAAUAUAUACUUUUUAUUUAAUAUUGAUGGAGCAACAUAAUUAGUGUGGGAAAAAAAUACGGAAGGUAAUUUUGUUGAAAUUAAUAAAAAACAAAAGUGGCAAGGGGCCUUUUACCCACAAUUAUUUAAUUUACAUAAACUUGUAACAUUAUAAAAAUUAUUCAAUGUUCGUAUGUCAGGUUGCUUUAGACAUUGCAUGUGAUGACCCCAUAUGUCAAUACAAUAUUGCAAUGUAUAGUAACAAACAGGUGUUUAGGAAAGUGCUGUGGUUGUAUUUGUUGCUAUUUAGUGUUUUCGGAGGAAAUAAAAUCAAA